ACAGAGAAUCAAAAAAUAUUUGUUAAAAUCUCCUUAAGUCAAAAUGUUAAUUAAAAUCUAAUAUUAUAGUCUCUUCAAUUAACGUUGUAGUAAUGGAGGAAAGAUGGACGCCUUGACGUUUGGCUCUCACAGGCUAGUUCACUUAGAUCUCAAGGGUGCCCCACCGCGAGUCUGUUAUUUUGAAAAGUUAUUUCCAUUAUUAAGGACAUGGGGUGCCACUGGACUUCUGCUAGAAUGGGAAGACACAUUCCCAUACAAUCGAGAACUUUCUCAUAUAGGAAGCAAUGGAUUGAGCAGUUUAAUCAGUGGAUAUACAGUUCAAGAAGCCAGACAUAUCCUACAAAUUGCAGGAGAUUGUGGUUUAGCUGUUGUUCCUUUAGUACAAACAUUUGGUCAUAUGGAGUUUGUUUUAAAACAUGAUGAAUGGAGGUCCUUAAGAGAAGUGGAGCACUUUCCAAGCUCAAUUUGUCCAUCUAAUCCAAGAACAUUGUCUUUGGUAAAGUCCUUGAUUCGACAAAUAGUUAGUUUUCAUCCAGACAUACAAUAUUUGCACAUAGGUGCAGAUGAAGUCUGGCAUUUAGGUCUUUGCUCAGUUUGUAUAAAACGUGCUGCCUCUAGCAAAUAUGGGAAACCAUCUCUGUACCUGGAACAUGUUUUGGCUAUUGCACAAUAUGUACAAGAAACAUAUCCCUAUUUAAAGAUUAUUAUAUGGGAUGAUAUGUUAAGAUCAAUAGAUUUACAGGUUUUGAACGAUCAUUAUAUUGGAAAAUAUGUGGAACCUAUGAUCUGGCACUAUAAUCCUAGAGAUAAUUUUGCUCUACCUCAUGAUUUAUGGGAUAAAUAUACUGCAGUUUUUCCUCAUAUUUGGGCAGCUACUGCAUUUAAAGGUGCUACUGGAUCUUCUCAACAUGUACCAAUCAUAAGACAUCAUAUAAGUAAUCAUGAGAAAUGGUUAGAAGAAUUGAGUAUACAUGUAAAUAAAGUUCGUGAAUUUCGAGGAACAGUCUUUACAGGAUGGUCAAGAUAUGAUCAUUAUGCAACAUUAUGUGAAUUAUUACCUACCGCAAUACCAUCAUUGGCGUUAUGCUUGAAAGUUUGGCUUCAUGGUUAUUCUGAACAAAUUCAUAAUCAAGUGGCAAAAUGUUUAGGAUAUAUGGAUCAUCCUUUGCAUAUAACACCACAACCUAGACCUGCACCAAUACCUAGUAACUUACUUUUUCCUGGAUGGCCAGUUGCAGUAGGAGUAGAAUGGUUUUUAAAUUUUAGAACUAAAUUUCAUAAUAUUGUUUCUAGUGAACAAAUAUCUACGUGGAUGAAUCCAUGGCAAGUCGCAAAUAAUUAUACAAAUCCUAUGCAAUUAGAAAAUUUAGUACCCGCUUUUACAGAAUUACUAUUAGAAUUAUCUUCCUUAGAAGGAUAUUUAAGAUUUCAAAUGGAAACUAUUUUCUUUCCAUCAAUGAUUGAUGAAUGGAUAGGUACAAAUAUUCAGCCCAUGAAAGGGAAACUUAUGGAAUUAAAACAAACUACAGAAAAUCAAAUUAAGUUAAAUAGUCGAGUUUAGUAUUUGAAAUAAGUAUUUUGCAGAAUUUCUGCUUUAGAUCUCAAUGACCAACUUGAAUACAGGUGACGAGUAUGAAACGAUAGGCUGAUGAACAAAGUACGAAAAUAUUUAGUAAAUUGUAAAAUUUUAUCUUAUAAGUAGAUGUAGCGAAGUAAAAAUAGAUAUUAAAAAGUGAUAUCCGUACGAUAUCACAGAAUAUAAUGUACAGAAUAUAAUUUUAUAAGAGAAGGAAUGGUUAUUUUAAUACUUGGCUUAGGGAGGAAUGAACUUGUGACAAUGAUUUUGUCACUGAGCUUUGUCAUUUUGUGAGCUGUUCUGUGAUAUUUGGCUAUGAAAGGAUUAUUGUAAUGUAAUUAAGCAUUGUAACCAUAUUUUUUGGUUAUUGUGCUUACCACAUAUGCUUCUAAUUAUCUGCGUUUCUUAUGUGCAAAUAUUUUUUGUACUCGAUUUAGAAAUAUUUCUGAAAAUUUUUCAAGAAUUACAUUGAUCAGCUAUAAAAAGAUUUUAUGCAAUACUUAAUAUAUUUCAUGGAAUCUUUUUUAUUAUUAAAGUUCUAAAUAAGUCUUGUUUUGGAGCAUAUAUCGAUCUAAUAUAUCUAUGAAGCAUAAUAUUAGAUUGAACAUAGAUGAAAUAUAAUUAGAACUAAAAUUAAUUAAUAAUAAUGAAUUCGAAUAAAUACUUAUAUGUAUGUACGUAAUAACUAUACAACAUGUGAUUUUGUUUUGUACGAUUUGAAUUACUUCUAAAAUAAUUUCGAUACGAAGCAGAA